GUAGCACUUUCAGUUUUUGUAUCUCUAGAAUUCCUCUCGCUUUUGCCUGUUAGCAAGCGAAAGGAGCCGGGCGCAGUUUAACCCUUUCUAGUUUCUUCCUCUGUGGCGGGGUGGCUUCCCUUCCGCAACCCCCGCCCACCUUUCUUCCAACAAACUUUUAUUUCUGCCCUUGCUCCUUUCAUCAUCAGCUAGCAGGCUGAGUUUCUGAAAGUGCAGACUUGGAGCAGAGCAAAGGCAAGCAGGCGGGACCCUGCAGGGGCAAGAGACGGAGAAGAGCGCACGCACAACCCAUCGCCACCCUCAGAAUAGGAAGAGAGACUGAGGCUAUGCCUGUGGUGAUAGGCUUUGAGGGCAGCGCCAACAAGAUUGGAGUGGGAAUUGUGCGGGAUGGAGAAGUACUGAGCAACCCUCGGCGAACAUAUGUCACGCCUCCAGGGCAGGGUUUCCUGCCGGGUGACACAGCACGACACCACCGUUCUUGCGUCCUUGCUGUGCUGCAGGAGGCCCUGCAGGAGGCUGGACUGAAGCCGCAGGACAUUGAUGCUGUGGCUUUUACCAAGGGUCCAGGCAUGGGUGCCCCAUUGGUGACGGUGGCAAUUGUGGCCCGGACAGUGGCACAGCUGUGGGGGAAGCCUCUGCUUGGGGUGAAUCACUGCGUGGGGCACAUUGAAAUGGGGCGGCUGGUGACCAGUGCCCAAAACCCGACAGUGUUGUAUGUCAGUGGUGGAAACACACAGGUCAUUGCGUAUUCUGAGCACCGAUAUCGUAUAUUUGGAGAAACCAUCGACAUUGCUGUGGGGAACUGCCUGGACCGUUUUGCCCGGGUGUUGAAGAUCUCAAACGAUCCCAGCCCAGGCUACAACAUUGAACAGAUGGCCAAGAAGGGCCACAAGCUGGUCGAACUUCCCUAUACAGUGAAAGGCAUGGACGUGUCAUUCUCCGGGAUCUUAUCCCAUAUAGAGGAAGUGGCGCAUAGGAUGCUAGCUGCGGGGGAGUGUACCCCAGAGGACCUUUGCUUCUCCCUACAGGAGACUGUGUUUGCUAUGCUAGUGGAGAUCACCGAACGGGCCAUGGCGCACACUGGCUCUCAAGAGGCGCUGAUUGUGGGCGGCGUUGCCUGUAAUGAGCGGCUCCAGGAGAUGAUGGGGGUCAUGUGCAAGGAAAGAGGAGCAAAACUCUUUGCUACAGAUGAGAGGUUCUGUAUUGACAAUGGGGCCAUGAUUGCCCAAGCUGGCUGGGAGAUGUUCCAAUCAGGGCAAGUCACUGCACUGCAGGAUUCAUGGAUUACGCAGAGGUAUCGUACAGAUGAAGUGGAGGUGACGUGGCGUGACUAAUCUCCUUCUUUGCAUGGAAGCCACAUGUCUUGGAGGCAAUGAAGAGCCAAAAACAUGAACGGUGGAGGAGAGGGUGCCAGGGUUAUUAGAAUCCCAGGAGACAUUUGAUGGGAAACUAGUUCAAACUGGAAUAAACACUUUUGGGUUUUGUUUAGAA